UGCGACGGCAACGCAGCAUAGUCCUCUCGUCUGCCAAAACGACACACGAUGGAUGACAAACCGUUAGCGAAAGCGCUGAAAGAUUUACCCUUGAGGGUACAAUCAGCCAGCUAUCUCGAACGUUUUCAAGUAUUUAAAGCACUAAACGAUGCUUUCUCGGACACGACUUCUGAUGUCAGUGAGGGUGUUAUUAAAGGAGUUUGUAGAGUUUUGGUCUUUACACUACCAAGAUACCACAAGAGUUCCUCAAGAAAAUUGGUUCAAGAUUUCUUGCUUGUUCUACUAAAGCACCACAAUGCACCAACAGUACAACAUCUUUCCGCCACUUUGGCUGCAUAUUCUACAACCUACAGGAAUAUUGCAUCAUCGGAAACACUGGCAAAAGAACUGCUUGCUGCUUUUGACUGGUCAAGUAAAUUACUGGUCCAUGGAUUCAAAGAUGCCUCAAAUUGUACAGGUGUUGCUUUCCAAAAGUUAGUUGAAGCCCAAUCUUGUUUGUACACCAGUAUUUUGGCUUCAAAAUCCAAGAAGAUGUCUGAAAAAGCAAAUCACAGAUUGGUGCAAGGAUGGAAACAAAUUCCUGGAUCAGAAGCUCAAUAUUGGGCAGCUUUGUGUGAACUUGAGACGUCUUUCCAGUCUUUGGUGUUCAGCUGUGCUCUUCUGACCUUCGUUCAAGCUAACAAGAAUACUGAGCUAUUGCAAUCAAUGAGACGCUCAUUGUUGGAUUCCUUCAUCAAGAUCGCCAUCACCACUAAAGUUAAGCCGGACGUCUACAUUGUGGAGCAGUGCAAGCCGUUUUUGAAACUACUUACACAUGAAGAUUUCAAAGGUCUACUUCUUCCAGCUUUGCUGAAAGGCAUGCUUCGUAGCCCGGAAAUUAUCCUAGGAUGCGUCGGCCAAGUGCUUGCCUCCGUCUCUAUUGAUUUGAGCGCAUAUGCCGCCGAUUUGGCCAAACCUAUAGUCACUUGCCUUCACUCCAAAGAGGACAUUACCCGAGCGGAAGCAUCAAUUGCCACCGAGGCCUUGGCCAAGCAAUGCAGCGAAGCAGCAGCGGUUCGCGGACUCUUAAAUCUUUACUUUGGCGUCCUGCAGGGUUCUGAAGGGAAGUUGACCCUUGCCUCGCACAAGAUCUCCAUCCUCGAAGGGAUCGGCUACUUGAGCAAACACUGUGCCACCGGCGCCAGCACUCACCAAUUGAGCUGCGACGCUGCUGAACACUUUGUUAAAAUUCUGGACACGGAAGUUCACGAAGGAACCUUAACUCAAGCUCUUUCGGCUCUUUUGCUAUGGACGAAUCGUUUCGCAGCCACAAUCCCAAAGUCGCUGAUGGAAAUGUUCAAGAAAGGAAUGGGAUUGAAGACGUCAACACCUGCAAUCAGAACGGGAUACAUACGUUGCAUGGCAGCAUCUUUGCACGGGGAAAGCUUGCCUCAAGGCAUUGAAUUAAUUCCUGUUCUCUUGAAAUCAUUGGAACGAGCAACUGCUCAGCCAACGCAAGCAGCAGUCGUCUCGGAGGGCCUGACUGCCGCUACUUUAUUGUUACGAUGCGCCAAUUUGGAUGCGAAGGCGGAAACUCAGUGCGGUCCUCUAUGGAGCAUUCUUUCAGAUGGGGACAAAUUAUUAUUUGUUAAUGAGAAAAUGUUAUCCUCGUACAGCGAAGAGAUAUGGCACGAAGUGGUCUUACUCUGCGAAUCGCUCUUCGUCAACCACGAACAACGGAUCGGUGAUAAAACGGCGCCUUACUACCGUGCGAUGGUUCUCGCACUUACUCGACCAAAUUUCUCCCUUCGUACUCGAGCUGCUGCCGCUGUCAAGAAGAUUUUUCAUCCCACCAGUGGGUCCAGCAUCGAUCGUUCUCUAGCCUUAGUUGCAGAGUUUACCAACUAUUUGCACACCGUGAAAGUUACCAGCGGUAUUCGAAAUCGUGAGGAAGGCGAGUCGGCUGGAGGAGUUCUUUCUGCCUCGCUGACCGAGACGGACGCCAAUUCGCUGAUUUUCUGCCUGCAGACAAUCACCACCGUGAAGGGGCUAUCCCAAGACAAGUACAAUCGAUUGGCUGUAGCCUGUUUCAAAGCCGCUCACCAUCCGGCCAUCGCCGCCAUUCAGCCCCUUUGCUGGUACUACAUCGUCAAGCAUUUUGGUCAGGUCCCCAAAACCCUCGUGACCCGGUGUUAUGCACAGCUAAAGGAAGAAUUGAUAAAAAAUCACAAGCCAGGAGCUUGGCCGGAAGCAUCCCUAUCUGGUCUCAUGAAAUUAGCUCCCGAAGAGACAAUCAAGGACGUGCUAGACGCAGUCAGCGCCACCCUGGGCCAAGAAGAAUUGCUCAAAGUGACGCGCGAUGAUUACUUCACUUUUUUAACUAGAGAAGGCGAACUGUACGACAGGAGCGUCCUGGAAAAUGCGAAAGAGGAAGCCGCCCGGAAUAUCAAGCGAGAAUCAAAAGCCUAUUCGUACAAAGAGCAAAUGGAAGAGCUGCAGCUCAUCCGGGAGCUGGAAGAGAAACGGAUACGAGAGGGUAAAAAGAAGGGGCCCGAAAUGUCGCCCAAACAGAAGGAGGCCAUUCGCGUCCAGUUGGAGAAGGAAAGCGCCAUCAGAAGCAAAGUCGCGGCCUUGGAUGUAGUCGUCCGACAGGUGUGUUCCAUGCUGAAAUCGGCCAUCGACAACGUGCCCAGUGUGCUGUCGAAUCAGCUGACGCAGCUCGUUCCCUGGAUGAUGCGAGCCAUGAGCUCUCCCGUAGCAGCUCCACUGCUGACACCACUCUGGGUCGACUUGAGGAAAUCGGUCUUUGAACCCGACAUGGAACUAUUAGCCAAGAGCAUUGCCAACGUCACUCUUCGCCUCACCAAGCCCAUGUGCGAUCUGGAUCCGGCCUGGGAAACUGAAUCGAUUGACGAUGCCUCGCGACGAGUUCUCAAGCAGGUCAUUCGUGCCUCCGCCACUCCGCUGAACGCCUCCACAUUCACCUACACGUUUCCAUUUGUACGCGGGACGUUAAAACUUCUCGGAUCCAAGGAGGAAGCUUUGGCUGUCCAGGGCAUCCAGUUGAUUGAGCGACACGCUGGUCUUAGAUCGAUCGGCAAGCACGGUCAAUCUUAUCCGCAAAACAAUCCCCGCCUACUUCCACUGAAGGAGAUGAUGGAGCUGCUGAUUCAUUUGAUUGGAACCACUUCCGGCAGAGAACAACAGACAGCCUAUGCGGCAUUGCUGGAAGUAGCAGCGGCCGCCACUGGGAAAGCCGGUUGUGCCGUGGCCACCGACGAGGAACUCAAUUGCCUGCUGGAUAGUCUGGAGAGUAGCGUAGACUCUGUCCGAGACGCAUGUCUUCACAGUUUGAGCGUCUUGCUGCCCGUCCUGACACGUAAUCGAGUCAAAACGUUCACCAAUCAUCUGAACCACAGACUGUGGGUGGCGAAAUUCGACGUGGUUCCCGAGAUUCGCGAGAAGGGCGAACAACUCUGGGCCGCUGCUCAGCUACAGCCGGUCAAGAACAUGUUCGAGCUGGUGCUGCAAGAUGUCACUCACAUGGUGGAACCCAUCAGGGCGGCCGGAGCUGAGGCCCUCGCUUCUGCUUUGCAACUCAAUGCGGCCGAAGUUGACCCGACCGCCAAGCGCCUCAUCAAAUUGUACGGCGACAGAUUGGAUUUGACUCCGGCCGUCUUGGACAACUUUGGUCGUGAACUGCAGCCGCCGAUCGACGUUUGGGAGCCUCGAGCUGGCAUCGGCCUGGCUCUCUACAGACUUGUACCGUUGAUGGAGGAAGUCACUGUUGUCCGUUUGGCGUCAUUCUUUGUGCCCAAAGGACUGGGCGACCGUGAAGACAGCGUCAAGAAGAACAUGCUGAACGCUGCUGUCGCCAUGGUGGACCAACACGGCAAGGAGACCAUCACCAAACUGCUCCCAGUCUUUGAGAAAUUCAUGGAUGUUGCCCCCAAGUCUGGCAGUUUCGACUCUGUUCGCCAGUCGGUCGUCAUUCUGAUGGGCUCAUUGGCCCGCCAUUUGGAGAAGGAAGAUUCCCGUGUUAAGCCCAUCAUUUACAAAUUGGUGGACGCUUUGUCGACGCCGUCGCAGCCCGUCCAAGAGGCCGUGGCCAACUGUCUGCCGCCAUUGGUUCCGGCCAUUAAAGAUGAAGUCGCCCCUCUGGUGCAACGUCUGCUCCAAAAACUGCUGUCGUCCAACAACUACGGCGAUCGUAAAGGAGCCGCCUAUGGCAUAGCUGGUAUCGUCAAGGGCCUGGGCAUUUUAUCGUUGAAACAACUGGACAUUAUGACUAGCCUGACGGACGCUAUUCAGAACAAGAAGAAUGCACGACAUCGCGAAGGAGCUCUCUUUGCUUUUGAGCAGCUUUGCUCCAUGCUGGGCCGUCUGUUCGAGCCGUAUGUCGUCCACGUUCUGCCACAUUUGCUACUUUGUUUCGGCGAUGGAGACAAAUUUGUCCGCGAAGCGGCCGAUGACACGGCCAAGGCUGUCAUGAGCAAAUUGAGCGCUCACGGAGUCAAGUUGGUGUUGCCCUCGUUACUCGCUGCUCUGGAACAAGAUUCGUGGAGGACCAAAACGGGAUCGGUUGAACUCUUAGGCGCCAUGGCUUAUUGCGCUCCUCGGCAACUCUCUUCUUGCCUUCCUGGUAUCGUCCCCAAGCUCAUCGAGGUUUUGGGUGACAGUCACGUCAAAGUCCAGGCAGCCGGAGCUCAGGCCCUUCAGAUCAUUGGCUCAGUUAUCCGAAACCCUGAAAUUCAAGCCAUUGUGCCUGUUCUAUUGGAGGCGCUUCAAGAUCCUGCCAAAAAGACGUCGUCUUGUCUGGCCACUCUACUGGAAACCAAAUUCGUCCACUUUAUCGACGCCCCUUCGUUGGCUCUCAUCAUGCCCGUCGUUCAACGCGCCUUCCAGGACCGCUCGACCGAAACGCGUAAAAUGGCAGCCCAGAUUAUCGGCAACAUGUACUCGUUGACGGAUCAAAAGGAUUUGAGCCCGUAUUUGUCUACCAUUAUCCCUGGAUUGAAAGCUUCUCUGUUGGAUCCUGUCCCGGACGUGCGAAGCGUUUCCGCCCGCGCUCUGGGCGCCAUGGUCCGUGGAAUGGGUGAAGCUUCGUUUGACGAUCUUCUGCCCUGGUUGAUGCAAACUCUGACAUCCGAGUCGUCGUCGGUGGAUCGAUCUGGCGCCGCUCAGGGAUUGUCGGAAGUGGUGGGUGGCCUGGGCGUCGACAAACUUCACAAACUGAUGCCCGAGAUUAUCGCCACCGCCGAACGCCAGGAUAUUGCCCCUCAUGUCAAGGAUGGUUACAUCACCAUGUUCAUCUACUUGCCCGGAGUGUUCCAGAAUGAAUUCACGCCUUACAUUAGCCAGAUUAUUCCUUCUAUCCUGAAGGCGCUCGCCGACGAGAAUGAGUUUGUCAGAGACACGGCCCUGCGCGCCGGCCAGCGCAUUGUCAACAUGUACGCCGACACGGCCAUCAUGCUUCUGUUGCCCGAACUGGAGCUGGGUCUCUUUGACGACAACUGGCGUAUUCGCUACAGCUCGAUCCAACUGCUGGGCGAUUUGCUGUACAAGAUUUCCGGCGUGUCUGGUAAAAUGUCGACGGAAACGGCCAGCGAGGAUGACAACUUUGGAACGGAGCAGUCUCACAAGGCCAUCAUGGCCACGUUGGGCUCGGAGAGACGCAACCGCGUCUUGGCCGGCCUUUACAUGGGUCGCUCUGACGUGGCCCUACUCGUCAGGCAGGCAGCCCUGCACGUCUGGAAGGUGGUUGUCACCAACACGCCCAGGACGCUGCGCGAAAUCCUGUCCACCCUGUUCAAUUUAUUGCUGAGCUGUUUGGCCAGCUCGGUCUACGAUAAGAGGCAGGUGGCUGCCCGCACCCUGGGCGACCUCGUCCGCAAAUUGGGAGAGCGAGUCCUUCCGGAAAUCAUUCCCAUCCUAGAAGAUGGACUCAAUUCGGACGAACCCGACACUCGACAGGGAGUCUGUAUUGGCUUGUCGGAAAUCAUGGCGUCGACGUCCCGCGAUAUGGUCAUGACCUUUGUCGACAGUCUGGUGCCGACCGUCCGCAAGGCCCUUUGCGACCCGUUGUCCGAGGUGAGACAGGCCGCUGCCAAGACGUUCGACAGCCUUCACAGCACGGUGGGCGGUCGAGCCCUCGACGAUAUUUUACCCUUCAUGUUGGAAGCUCUCAACGAUCCCGAGCAGGGCGAGAACGCCCUGGACGGCCUUCGCCAAGUGAUGGCCAUCAAACCGCGCGUCGUUCUCCCCUAUUUGAUUCCGCAUCUCACGGCCCCGCCCGUCAACACCAAAGCGCUUUCGGUUCUGGCCUCGGUGGCCGGCGACGCUUUGGCCCGACACUUUAACCGCCUGUUGCCCGCCCUUUUGGCCGCCGUGACAUCUGCCGCCGGAACGCCGGCCGAGGCCCAGGAAGUGGAAUACUGCCAGGUGGUGUUGCUGUCUGUCCAGGACGAGCAGGGCAUCCGCGCCAUCAUGGACGAGCUGUUGACUUCGACCAAGUCGGACAAGAAGGUGAUGCGACGGGCGGCCGUCUCGCUGCUGGCCGGCUUCUGCACCCACACGAAAGCGGAUUACACGCAGUACGUGCCGCAGCUUUUGCGCGGUCUCAUCCAUCUGCUGACGGACACGGAUGUGGGCGUCUUAAAUCCGGCGCUAGAGGCGCUGAAUUCGGUCAUCAAGACCCUGGACGCGACCCAACAGAUGGCGCACGUCGGCGACCUUCGUCAAGCUGUUCGCUUUGCCAUGAGUGACCUCAAAGGUCAAGAAUUCCUGCCUGGCUGUUGUCUGGCCAAGGGUAUCGCUCCUUUGCUGCCCGUCUACCGCGAGGCCAUCUUGAACGGACCUCCCGAGAUGAAAGAACAAGCCGCUCAAGGAUUAGGCGAGCUGAUUAAGUUGACAUCACCUGAAGCUCUCAAGCCGUCGGUUGUGGCCAUAACCGGACCGCUUAUCCGUAUCCUCGGCGAUCGAUUCGCUUUCGGUGUCAAGGUGGCCGUUUUGGAGACGCUGGCCCUCCUGCUGGCCAAAGUGGGUGCCCUCUUGAAGCCCUUCCUGCCGCAGCUGCAGACGACGUUUGUCAAAUCGCUGAGCGAUCCCAACCGUCAAGUCCGUCUCAAGGCGGCAACGGCCCUCAGUCACUUGAUUGUUAUCCACACGCGGGCCGAUCCCCUCUUUAAUGAGCUCUACACCAGCAUCAAGACGACGGACGACCCGAGCAUCAGGGAGACGUCGCUGCAGGCCCUCAGAGGCGUUAUCACUCCGGCCGGCGACAAGAUGAGUGAGCCCAUCCGCAAGUCCAUCUUGGCCACUCUUCAGUCGAUGCUGUCGCAUCCGGAAGACACGACGCGAUCGGCCGCCGCCGGAUGUCUCGGCGCCCUCUUCCGUCACCUGCCUGCCGACGAGCUGGAAGCCCUGGUCAAUGACUGCCUGAUCCACGACGAUCCGUCGCUGGACUGGACGCUGCGUCACGGCAAGAGCGCCUGUCUCUCGGUGGCCCUCAAGGAAGCGGCCGAGCAGGUCUACACGCCGGAAUGGCGCGACAAGUUGCACCGCGUUCUCCUCAGUUACCUAGCGGCCGACCGGAUUCCCAUCGUGUCCAACAGCAUCCGGGCCAUCGGCUUCCUCUUCAAGCACCUGAUGACGGGCAGCGGCGGCAGUCCGGUCUCGUUUCCGGUCCCGUUGAGCCAGCCGUUCGCCAAGACUCUGAAUCACCCCACGAACGAAGUGAAGCAGCUGGUGGCCCAGACGAGCCACUAUCUGGGCCGUCACUCUAAAACGGCCCUUCCGUCUGAUUUCCUGAAAGUUUUGCUGCCGCAGCUGGUGAACGGCACCAAAGAGAAGAACACGGCCGUCCGGUCGGCCUGCGAGGCGGCCCUGGUGACCCUGCUGCGCCUGCGACACAAUGACGAAACGCAGCAGCAAUGCGUCAACUUGCUGGAUCCUGGAGCUCGCGACUCGCUCUCCGAGGUCAUCUCCAAAGUCUUGCGCAAAAUGGCCACUCAACCCGAAACGAAAGAAGAGGAACUGGACGCUACGCUGGUGUCGUAAAAAAAAGCAAAAGCAAAUAAAUCCGCGCACCCGUGUCUCGGCUUAACAACAACACAACAACAACAUACAGGACAUGCACAUCUAGACACACACCAACCUCAAUCCGGGUCCAUUUCUAUUUUUUCCCCGAUUCAAGGCGUGAGCUCUGUUCUCCUUGAUCCCCCUGACUCUGUAACCGAUUGCAUUCUCUUCGCUCCUCGCGCAUCUUUUUUUUUUUUUUUUUUUUCUUUUUGUUGGAAGAAAUGGAGGAAGAGAAAAAUCCCCCCCACCCUUAUUCUUUUGUUGUGUGGCAAGCACUUUGGCUAAUAAUGCUGAUAGGAGAUGCCUCGUCAUCAUCACGGAGGAGAGAGAAAAAGCACGCAAUUUUCUUUUCUUUUUUUUUUAAAUAUUUUUUGGGGCUUUUUUUGAACGAUGACGGGCCUGGAAGAGGUUGGAGAAGAACAUGAUAUAACCUCUUUGCAAGUAUGUUGAUCGUGUUUAGCCAUUUCUUGUUUUUGUUUUCAACUCUUUUGAUGAUUACAUUUUUUCGGUGAGGCUUAGAGAAUAAUAUUCCAACUACACCAUCUUGUUUUGGCGGAUAGAGUUGAGGGGGGUUUGAUUUCACACGGGGCGCACAGCUGUGUGUGCUGUUGUUGAUGAUGAUGAUGAUGGACGUUGUGUUUGUAAUAGAGUACUACGUGGUCCGGAUCUAUGGCGAAACUGUUAUUUUUUUUUCUUUUUUUGGAAUUUUCUCUCUCCCACAGAAGAGCGGCCGCCGCCGGCUUGUAUUUUCUGAAAGGUGUGUAAUUUGAUCAUCGAAUGGGGAAUCAACAAUGUCGCUCUCUU